AUUCGGGCUCCUCUUUCCACAGGUGAUCUCAUUUUUGAGGAAAAAGGACAAGUUCCUGAGCCUGGUGCUAAAGCACAUCGACACCUCUGCCAUGAUGGACCUGCUGCUGCGCCUCAUCAGCUGCGUGGAGCCCACGGCGCUGCGCCAGGACGUGCUCAAUUGGCUGAAUGAAGCCAGGAUUAUCCAGAGACUCGUGGAGCUGAUCCAUUCGAGCCAGGACGAGGAUAGGCAAUCCAACGCUUCCCAGACCCUGUGUGACAUCAUCAGGCUGAGCAGAGACCAGAGCACUCAGCUCCAGGAUGUCCCAGAGCCGGAUCCACUUCUCACAGCACUGGAAUCGCAGGAGUGCGUGGAGCAGCUCCUCAGCAACAUGUUCGACGGGGAGCAGAGCGAGACCUGCAUCGUCAACGGAACCCAGGUGCUCCUGACGCUGCUGGAAACGCGGCGCUCCGGAGUGGAAGGCCUGAUGGACUCGUACACUCAGGGAUUCGAGAGGUCUUACGCUGUCAACAGCAGCAUCUUGCACGGCAUCGAGCCCCGGCUCAAGGACUUCCACCAGCUGCUGCUGCGCCCGCCCAAGAAACCGGCCAUCCUGACCACGCUGGGAGUGCUGGAGGAGCCUCUGGGCAACGCGCGGCUGCACGGCUCGCGGCUGAUCGCGGCGCUGCUGCACACCAACACCCCCAGCAUCAACCACGAGCUCUGCAGGCUCGGCACCAUGGACUUGCUACUUGAUUUAUUUUUUAAAUACACGUGGAAUAACUUUUUGCAUUUCCAAGUGGAGCUGUCCAUAGCAGCCAUCCUGUCCCACUCUGUGCACGAGGGGAAGCCCAGCCCGGGGGAGCCGGGCAGCAAAGAGGAAGCUCCGAGCGGGAACGCGGCCCCGGAGCCAGCGGAGCCCACGGAGCCCACGGAGCCCUCAGAGCCCCCGGCCGGAGCCACCGAGAACGUCAUGGUCACCCACCUGUUCCAGAAGUGCUGCCUGGUGCAGAGGAUAUUGGACGCCUGGGAAGCCAAUGACAAAAUCCAGGCGGAGGGCGGCAGGAGGAGAGGGAACAUGGGGCACCUGACCCGCAUCGCCAACGCCGUGGUGCACAACAUGGAGAAGGGACCCAUGCAGGCCCAGAUCAGUGACUUCAUCAAAGAGCUGCCUGAGGACUGCAGGGGCAGGUGGGAGAGUUUUGUGGAGGAGACGCUGACGGAGACGAACCGGAGGAACACGGUGGAUUUGGUGAGCACCCACCACCUGCACUCCUCCAGCGAGGAUGAGGACAUUGAAAGCGCUUUUCCCAACGAGCUCACUCUCCAACAGGCCUUCUCCGAGUACCAGAUCCAGCAGAUGACGGCAAAUUUCGCGGAUCAGUUCGGCUUCAACGACGAGGAGUUUGCUGACCAGGAUGACAACAUCAACGCUCCCUUCGACCGCAUCGCCGAGAUCAACUUCAACAUCGACGCCGACGACGACAGCCCCAACGCCUCUCUGUUCGAGGCCUGCUGCAACGAGCGCAUCCAGCAGUUCGACGACAACGAGGAGGAGGAGGACAUCUGGGAGGAGAAGGAGAUCUCCUACGCAACCCAGGUCAAGUCCAGGACACGGUUUGGAGCGUCGCAGACGUCGGAGAGCUCCAGGAGUGACCUGGAGAACGGGGACCACGACGGCAGCGUGGACUCGGAGGAGGAGGAGGAGCAGCGGCCGCCCCCCUCCCCGCACAAGGGCAGCGCCCCGGAGAGGAAGGAGUCGGGCUCCUCCCAAGGUACCGGCUUUGGGAGCACAUCCCUGGAAAAACAGCACAUCCCUGGAAAAACAGCACAUCCCUGGAGCUCAGGGGAUCCAUGGGGCUCAGCACAUCCCUGGAGCUCAGGGGAUCCC